GCGGGGUAGCAAAGGUAAACCGCCUUCCUCGAGCCGGCGGUGAGGAAGCUCUGCACCAGUUCUCAAUACCCAAGCCCUUUGCUCUUCCAGAGAGGGCCAAAUUUUGUAAAAAAAUAUACUGAGUCGCACGGCAAUUCUCAAUCCCACCUCCUCUCUCCUCUGUUUCGCUUCUAUUUGGGGUUUCGCUUCGCCUCUCUCUCUUCCCCCCCCCCCCCCGGCUUCCCAUUCUCUCUGCGCCUCUGAUGUGUCUGCAUCAAUCCCUUUCUCUGUCACCUCUCAGUUCAAAGUAGAGAAGUUGAGGUGAGAUGACAACCCUAAGAUCGAGCUGGCCGUCGAGGCUGCGGCAACUUUUGUCUAACGAGGGGGCCAUUGGCCCCUCGGUUAAACUGGACUCUGAACCCCCUCCUAAGAUCAAAUUCUUCAUUGACAAGGUCAUCCAGUGUCCAUUACCAGAUAUAGCAAUACCUCUCUCUGGCUUUCGAUGGGAGUACAAUAAGGGGAAUUUUCAUCAUUGGAGGCCGCUGUUUCUUCAUUUUGAUACUUACUUCAAGACGUAUAUAUCUUGUAGAAAUGACCUGACAUUGUCAGAUAAGAUUCUAGAAGAUGACAGCCCAUUACCAAAACAUGCGAUUCUGCAAAUAUUACGAGUGAUGCAAGUAAUUUUAGAGAAUUGUCCUAACAAGACUUCAUUUGAUGGCUUAGAGCAUUUCAAGUUUUUACUAGCGUCAACAGAUCCUGAGGUUGUUAUGGCCACAUUAGAAACUCUUUCAGUGCUUGUAAAAAUAAAUCCCUCCAAGCUUCAUGGAAGUGCAAAGCUGGUUGGUUGUGGCUUAGUGAAUAGCUAUCUCCUGUCCCUAGCGCAAGGAUGGGGAAGCAAAGAGGAGGGCCUGGGACUGUACUCUUGUGUUAUGGCAAAUGAAAAAACUCAAGAUGAAGGGUUGUGCUUAUUUCCUUCUGAUGUAGAGAGUGGUUGUGAUCAAUCCAAUAUCCGCAUUGGUUCUACCCUUUAUUUUGAAUUGCAUGGCUCCGGUGUUCCAAUGAAAGGACCUGGGGUUGAUACAGCUUCCCAUAGUUUGAAAGUUAUACAUAUCCCAGAUUUGCAUUUGCAGAAAGAUGAUUUAUCAUUGUUGAAGCAGUGCAUUGAGCAAUUUAGUGUUCCUCCAGAGCUCCGAUUUUCAUUGCUCACCAGAAUUAGGUAUGCAAGAGCCUACCGGUCCCCUAGAAUAUGCAGGCUUUAUAGCAGAAUUUGCCUUCUUGCAUUCAUUGUGCUGGUCCAGUCUAGUGAUGCACAAGAUGAACUUGUUUCUUUCUUUGCUAAUGAACCAGAAUAUACAAAUGAGUUAAUCAGAAUUGUCAGAUCUGAGGAAACCAUAUCUGGGUCUAUUAGAACACUUGCAAUGCUUGCGUUAGGAGCUCAGUUAGCAGCAUACACAUCAUCCCAUGAACGGGCUCGUAUACUGAGUGGUUCUAGUAUAAGUUUUGCUGGUGGGAACCGUAUGAUACUUCUGAAUGUUCUCCAGAGGGCAAUUUUGUCACUGAAGAGUUCAAAUGAUCCAUCAUCUCUAGCAUUUGUUGAGGCACUUCUUCAGUUUUAUCUGCUCCAUGUGGUUUCAACUUCAACUUCUGGGAGUAACAUUAGGGGUUCUGGCAUGGUACCCACAUUUUUGCCUCUACUGGAGGAUGGUGAUCUAGCACAUAUACAUCUUGUUUGUUUUGCUGUUAAAACCCUCCAAAAGCUUAUGGAUUACAGUAGCUCGGCAGUAUCCUUGUUUAAAGAGUUGGGGGGUGUUGAGCUUUUAGCUCAGAGAUUACAGGUUGAGGUAAAUAGAGUUAUUGGGUUGGCUGGAGGACAUGAUAACUUAAUGCUCAGCAAUGAAAGCUCAAGACAUAGUACUGAUCAAUUAUAUUCCCAGAUGAGGCUCAUAAAGGUCUCACUCAAGGCACUUGGCUCUGCAACUUAUGCCCCAGCAAAUUCUACUAGAUCCCAGCAUUCUUGUGACGGCUCUUUACCUGCAACACUGGCUUUGAUAUUUAGGAAUGUAGAUAAGUUUGGAGGUGACAUUUAUCAUUCUGCUGUUACUGUUAUGAGUGACAUAAUCCAUAAAGAUCCUACGUGUUUUUCUACACUCCAUGAAAUGGGUCUUCCUGAUACAUUUCUAUCUUCUGUUGCAUCUGGAGUACUUCCUUCUUCUAAGGCUUUGACAUGUAUUCCAAAUGGUCUUGGUGCCAUUUGUCUUAAUUCCACAGGCUUAGAGGCUGUCAGAGAAAAUUCAUCGUUGCGGUUCCUUGUUGACAUCUUCACUAGCAAAAAGUAUGUUUUUGCAAUAAAUGAAGCUAUUGUUCCUCUUGCUAAUGCAGUGGAGGAACUUCUACGCCAUGUGUCUAAUCUGAGAAGUACUGGUGUUGAUAUUAUGAUUGAAAUCACCCAUAAGAUUGCAUCGUUUGAGGGUGGUGAUGGUUUAGAAUCUUCAGGAAAAGCUAAUGAGGGUUCUGCAAUGGAAACUGAUCCUGAAGAAAAAGAAAAUGAAGGUGAUAGCUGCUUUGCAGGGAUAUCAGAUUCAGUUGCAGAAGGGAUAAGUGAUGAGCAGUUUGUUAGGCUUUGCAUCUUUCAUUUAAUGGUACUAAUUCACAGGACUAUGGAAAAUUCUGAAACAUGCAGGUUAUUUGUUGAGAAAUUGGGAAUUGAAGCUUUACUGAAGUUGUUAUUGCGCCCAACUAUUGCACAAUCCUCAGAUGGCAUGUCUAUUGCUUUGCAUAGCACUAUGGUUUUUAAGGGUUUUGCUCAACAUCAUUCAACACCUCUGGCACAGGCAUUCUGUUCCUUUCUUAGGGAGCAUUUAAAAAAAGCAUUAGCUGGUCUUGGCAAAGCUUCAGGACAUCUACUACUGGAUCCAAAGUUGACAACUGAUAGUGGCAUCUUUUCUUCACUUUCCCUGGUUGAGUUCCUUCUGUUUCUUGCAGCUUCAAAAGACAACCGUUGGGUAACUGCAUUGCUUACAGAAUUUGGAAAUGGCUGUAAGGAUGUUUUGCAGGACAUUGGGCAUGUCCAUCGUGAAAUUCUUUGGCAAAUUGCUUUGCUUGAAGAUACGAAGCUUGAGAUUGAAGAUGAUGGAUCUUGUUCUGCUGUUGAUUCAAAACAGGGUGAAGUAGAUGCAAAUGAAACUGAAGAGCAAAGGUUCAACUCUUUCAGGCAGUUUCUUGAUCCAUUACUGAGGAGAAGAACAUCGGGGUGGAGCAUUGAAUCCCAGUUUUUUGACCUUAUAAAUCUGUAUCGAGAUCUUGGCCGCGCAACUGGUUCUCAACACAGAUCGAAUUCAGCUGGCUCUCCAAACACUCAGGUAGGCUCUAGUAAUCAGCUGCACACUUCUGGGUCUGCUGAUGCUUCUGAGGCUAGUAAUAAGAAGGAAUAUGAUAAACAGAGGCCGUAUUAUACAUCUUGCUGUGAUAUGGUCAGAUCACUUUCAUUCCAUGUCACCCAUUUGUUUCAAGAGUUGGGAAAAGUAAUGCUUCUACCUUCUCGUCGACGUGACGAUAUUGCAAGUGUAAGUCCUGCUUCAAAAACUGUGGCUUCUGUUCUUGCAUUAGUUGCUCUAGAGCACAUGAACUUUGGGGGUCAUGUAAAUCAUUCAGGAAUGGGGGCAUCUAUAUCAACAAAGUGUCGUUAUUUCGGUAAGGUGAUUGAUUUUUUGGAUAGCAUUCUGAUGGAGAGGCCCGAUUCAUGCAAUCCUGUUCUGCUGAAUUGCCUAUAUGGACAUGGAGUUGUUCAAUCUGUAGUGACCACAUUUGAAGCUACCAGUCAGUUGCUCUUUGCAGUCAAUAGGGCUCCUGCAUCACCUAUGGACACUGAUGAUGGGAAUGUGAAGCAAGAGGAUAAGGAAGAUACAGAUCAUUCAUGGAUUUAUGGUCCUUUAGCUAGUUAUGGCAAGUUUAUGGACCAUUUGGUAACCUCCUCUUUUAUAUUGUCUUCUUUCACGAAGCACAUGCUUGCACAGCCCCUUAUAAUUGGAGAUACUCCGUUCCCAAAGGAUGCAGAGACUUUUGUGAAGGUCCUCCAGUCCAUGGUGUUGAAGGCUGUGCUUCCUGUUUGGACACAUGCCCAGUUAGUUGAUUCCAGUUGUGAAUUCAUUUCUGCUAUUAUCUCUAUCAUAAGGCAUGUCUAUUCUGGUGUGGAAGUAAAAAAUGUUAGCAACAGCAGUGGUGCUCGAAUAACAGGGCCUCCUCCUAAUGAAGCAACUAUUUCAACCAUUGUAGAGAUGGGGUUUUCAAGGUCUAGAGCAGAAGAAGCUCUGAGACAGGUUGGGUCAAAUAGUGUGGAGUUGGCAAUGGAGUGGUUAUUCUCCCAUCCAGAGGAAGCGCAAGAAGAUGAUGAACUUGCCCGGGCACUUGCCAUGUCCCUAGGGAACUCUGAAUCAGACACAAAGGAUGCUGCUGCAAAUGACAAUGCUCAGCAACUUGAGGAAGAGAUAGUGCAACUUCCAUCUGUUGAGGAGUUGUUAUGUACAUGCACAAAACUUCUGCUUAAGGAACCUCUUGCUUUUCCUGUUCGAGACUUGCUUGUAAUGUUGUGCUCUCAAGAUGGCGGUCAAUAUAGGUCUACUGUUGUUUCUUUUAUGGUCAACCAAAUCAAAGAAUGUGGUUUGGUUUCUAGUAAUGGGAAUAAUUCCAUGCUGGCUGCUCUUUUUCACGUUCUUGCUUUAGUUCUUAAUGAGGAUUCUGUUGCAAGGGAAGAUGCUUCAAAGAGUGGCUUGAUCAGGAUUGCCUCAGAUUUACUCUACCAAUGGAAUUCUAGUCUUGAUAUCCGGGAAAAACAGCAAGUGCCAAAAUGGGUUACUGCUGCUUUUCUUGCAUUAGACAGAUUGCUUCAAGUGGACCAAAAAUUGAAUUCUGAAAUUGCAGAGCAGCUGAAGAAUGAAUCUCUGAAUGGUCGGCAGACAUCAAUUACCAUUGAUGAGGACAGGCAAAACAAGUUGCGGUCUGCUUUGGGAUUAUCUUCGAAGUAUGCAGACAUAGAUGACCAGAAGAGACUUGUUGAAAUUGCUUGUAGUUGUAUGAAGAAUCAACUUCCCUCAGACACAAUGCAUGCUGUUUUUCUAUUAUGUUCCAAUCUUACAAGGAAUCAUUCUGUUGCUCUUAGCUUUCUUGAUGCGGGUGGUUUAAGUAUGCUGCUUUCUUUACCCAACAGCAGUCUGUUCCCUGGGUUUGACAAUGUUGCUGCUAGUAUUAUCCGUCAUGUCCUUGAAGAUCCUCAAACGCUCCAGCAAGCGAUGGAAUCUGAGAUAAAGCAUAGCCUUAUAAUUGCCUCUAAUCGGCAUCCAAAUGGAAGGGUCAAUCCUCGCAAUUUCUUGAUAAAUUUAACGUCCGUUAUUUCUCGAGAUCCUGUGAUUUUCAUGCAAGCUGCUCAGUCUGUAUGUCAAGUUGAGAUGGUAGGUGAAAGGCCUUACAUUGUCCUAUUGAGAGAUCGUGAUAAAGACAAGAGUAAGGAGAAAGAAAAAGAGAAGGAUAAACUGUUGGAAAAAGAAAAAAUAACAAUUAAUGAUGGGAAGGUUGGUUUGGGGAAUACCAAUUCAGCAGCUUCUGCCGGUGUUCAUGGCAAGACUCAUGAUUCUAAUUCGAAGAGUGUUAAAACUCAUAGGAAACCAGCUCAUAGUUUUACAAAUGUUAUAGAACUUCUCCUUGAAUCUAUAUGCACUUUUGUUCCUCCUUUGAAGGAUGGCAUAGCCUCAAAUGUUCUUUCCGGGACUCCAACAUCAAGUAAUAUGGAUAUUGAUAUUUCAUUUAAGGGAAAAGGAAAAGCAGUUGCCCCUGUGUCUGAAGAGAGUGAAACCAGUGGCCAAGAUGCGUCUGCAUCACUUGCAAAGAUUGUAUUUAUAUUGAAGCUUCUUACAGAGAUAUUGUUGUUGUACUCAUCAUCUAUUCAUGUUCUGCUCCGGCGAAAUGCAGAAAUGAACAGUGCUAGGGGCAGUCAACAGAAGAGUGCUGCUGGUUUAUACAUGGGUGGAAUAUUCUACCAUAUUCUUCAUAAUUUUCUUCCUCAUUCUCGAAGCUGCAAAAAAGACAAGAAAAAUGAGGGUGAUUGGUGGCAGAAACUAGCAACCAGGGCUAACCAGUUUUUGGUGGCUGCCUGUGUUCGUUCCACAGAGACAAGGAGAAGGGUGUUUGUUGAGAUUAAUCAUAUCCUGAAUGAUUUUGUUGGUUCAUGUAGUGGUGUUAAGCCACCAGGCAAUAACAUUCAGGUUUUUGUUGAUCUGCUUAAUGAUGUUUUGGCUGCUCGUACUCCUUCUGGCUCAUGCAUCUCAUCAGAGGCCUCUGCCACUUUUGUGGAUUCUGGUCUGGUUAAAUCAAUCACUCGCACUCUCCAAGUUCUAGAUCUGGACCAUACUGGCUCAUCUAAAGCUGCUGCUGGUAUUGUGAAAGCCCUUGAGCUGGUAUCCAAGGAGCAUGUCCAUUCAAUUGAGUCUAAUGCUGGGAAGGGUGAUAAUUCAACAAAGCCUUUAGAUCUCGGUCAAUCUGGAAGAUUAGAAAAUACCAGUGGCAUGCCCCAGUCCAUGGAAAUGACAUCUCAGGCCAAUCUUGAUUCCCUUCCAGCUGACCAUAUUGGGUCUUAUGAUGCAGUUCAACCCUAUGGUGGGUCUGAAGCUGUCACUGAUGAUAUGGAACAUGAUCAAGAUCUUGAUAGGAGUUUUGCUCGUGCCAAUGAGGAUGAUUACAUGCAUGAAACGUCGGAGAAUGCUAGAGGUCUUGAAAAUGGCAUUGAAAAUGUUGGGAUAAGAAUUCAAGUCCAGCCACAUGGCCAAGAAAAUCUUGAUGACAAUGAUGAUGAAGAGGAUGAGAUGUCUGGAGAUGAUGGGGAUGAUGAUGAGGAAAACAAUGAUUUGGAAGAAGACGAAGUCCAUCACUUGCCACAUCCUGACACAGAUCAAGAUGAUCAUGAGAUUGAUGACGAUGAUGAUUUUGAUGAUGAAGUGAUGGAGGAAGAUGAUGAGGAUGACGAGGAUGAUGAGGAUGGAGUGAUACUACGACUUGAGGAAGGAAUUAAUGGAAUAAAUGUUUUUGACCAUAUUGAGGUAUUUGGCAGAGAUAAUACUUUUUCGAAUGAAGGUCUUCACGUGAUGCCAGUUGAAGUUUUCGGAUCUAGACGUCCAGGGCGAACCACAUCUAUUUACAGUCUUUUGGGAAGAACUGGUGAUACAGCUUCUCCUUCUCGUCAUCCACUUCUAGUGGGACCUUUAUCUUCAUUCCAUCUUACUGGGCAAUCAGAUAAUUUAUCAGAUAACUACUCAAUGGGUUUGGAUAAUAUCUUCCGAUCACUUAGGAGUGGGCGCCAUGGAAAUCGUCUAAACUUGUGGGUUGAUAAUAAUCAACAAAGUGGUGGAUCAAACACUGGUGUUGUCCCACAAGGUCUUGAGGAGCUCCUUCUCUCUCAAUUAAGGCGACCCAUGCCUCAGAAGCCAUCUGAUCAAAGCAUAGCAGAAGCAGACCCUCAGAAUAAAGGGGAGAUCAGCCAGACUCAAGAUUUAGGAGCUGCAAGGACAGAAAUCACUGUGGAAAUCGAUGCUAGUCAGGGAGUUGUUGCAGUGGCUCCUGGUGCAGUUGAUAACUCUAUCAAUGCUGGAAUGGGACCUGUAGCUACACAGUCUGUACAAGCAGAUGAAGCAAGUACUCCAUCAAAUGCAGUUGAGAUGCAGUUUGAGCAUAUUGAAACAGCUGCGCGGGACGUUGAAGCUGUGAGCCAAGAGAGCAGUGGCAGUGGAGCAACUUUUGGAGAAAGCCUGAGAAGCUUGGAUGUCGAAAUUGGAAGUGCUGAUGGCCAUGAGGACGGUGGAGAAAGGCAGGUUUCUGUAGAUAGGAUGCCAUCGAGUGAUUCUCAGGCUGCACGGACUAGAAGGGCAAAUGUGAUUGUUGGUCAUUCAUCUCCUGCUAGUGGGAGAGAUGCAUCUCUUCAUAGUGUUACAGAAGUUUCUGAAAAUUCAAGCCGGGAUGCAGAUCAGGAUGGUCCAGCGGCAGAGCAGCAGUUGAACAGUGAUGCUGGGUCAGGAGCUAUUGAUCCUGCCUUUUUAGAUGCUCUUCCUGAGGAGUUGCGUGCUGAAGUCCUUUCCGCUCAGCAUGGUCAAGUGGCUCAACCAUCAAAUAAUGAAUCUCAGAACACUGGGGAUAUUGAUCCAGAGUUCCUUGCAGCUCUUCCCCCAGAUAUUCGAGCUGAAGUUCUAGCACAACAGCAAGCGCAGAGGUUACAUCAGUCUCAAGAAUUGGAAGGACAGCCUGUUGAAAUGGAUGCAGUCUCCAUAAUUGCGACAUUUCCUUCAGAUUUAAGAGAAGAGGUUCUUUUAACUUCAUCUGAUGCUAUCCUGGCCAACCUUACUCCUGCGCUUGUUGCUGAGGCUAAUAUGUUGAGGGAGAGGGUUGCGCACCGAUACAGCCGAACCCUCUUUGGUAUGUACCCCAGAGGUCGUAGAGCUGAGACUUCUAGGCGUGGUGAAAGUGUUGCUUCUGGAUUGGAUGUGGCUGGGGGAAGCUUUUCUACCCGUAGGUCAGAUGGAGCUAAGCUAGUUGAAGCUGAUGGAGCACCUUUAGUUGAUACUGAAGCUUUGCAUGCCAUGAUUCGACUAUUCCGCGUAAUUCAGCCGCUUUAUAAAGGUCAAUUGCAGAGGCUUCUGUUAAAUCUCUGUGCCCAUAGUGAAACCAGAACUGCUCUGGUGAAAUUUCUAAUGGACUUGCUAAUGCUUGAUGUAAGAAAGCCUGCUAGUUGUUUUAGUGCAGCUGAGCCACAAUACAGACUUUAUGGUUGUCAGAGCAAUGUUGUGUAUUCACGCCCUCAAUCAUUUGAUGGAGUUCCUCCAUUGCUCUCCCGGCGUGUGCUUGAGACUCUCACAUAUCUUGCUAGAAAUCAUCCACAUGUAGCAAAAAUUAUGCUUCAGUUUAAGCUGCCUCAUUGUGUAUUAAAAGAGCCAGAUACUGAUACACGUGGUAAGUCUGUGGCAAUUGUUGAAGAAGAAGAAUAUAUCUCCAUUGCAAUGCUUUUGAGUCUAUUGAACCAGCCCCUUUAUCUGAGGAGCAUAGCGCAUCUUGAACAGCUGCUAAAUCUUCUGGAAGUCAUCAUUGAUAGUGCUGGAAGUAAAUCUACUUCAUAUGAGAAACCCCAAGUUCCUACUUCUGAGCUACCAUCGGGACCACAAAUUUCUGCAAUGGAUACUGAUGUGCAUGCGGACUCCAACAUCAUGUCUUCUCAUGUUGAUGCAUCUGUGAAAGUUGUUGAGUCAUCCAAAGCCACAGCCUCUGGUACUGAUAAGGAAUAUGAGAGUCUGAGAGUAUUAAGCAAUCUGCCACAGGCAGAACUACGGCUUUUGUGCUCAUUGCUUGCACAAGAAGGUUUGUCAGACAAUGCGUAUGCUCUUGUGGCAGAGGUGAUGAAGAAAUUAGUUGCCAAUGCUUCUAAUCAUUGUCAGCUUUUUGUCACUGAGCUGGUGGAAGAAGUUCAAAAGUUGACUUCAUCUGCAAUGAAUGAAUUACGUGUCUUCAGUGAAGCAAUGGAAGCCCUUCUUAGUACAUCUUCUUCUGACGGGGCUGCAAUAUUGAGAGUUCUGCAGGCUUUAAGUUCCCUUGUCACCUCACUGACUGAGAGGGAGGGUGACAAAAUCGAUCUUUCUGCCCUUUCUGAAGUUUGGGAAAUCAAUACAGCUUUAGAGCCUUUGUGGCAUGAGCUGAGCAGUUGCAUAAGCAAGAUUGAAUCCUACUCAGAGUCUGCCUCUGAUAUUUUCAUGCCUUCUAGAACUUAUGUGUCUAAACCUUCUGGUGCGAUGUCUCCACUUCCAGCUGGCUCUCAAAAUAUCUUGCCAUAUAUAGAAUCUUUCUUCGUGGUCAGUGAGAAGCUGCAUCCUGCACAUCCAGGGGCUAUUCAUGACUCAGCUAUUCCUGCCUUUUCUGAUGUUGAAGAGGCUGGCACAUCUGCUACGCAGCAGAAAACAUCUGGACUUGCUGGAAAGGUAGAUGAGAAAAAUGCUGCUUUUGUCAAGUUUUCAGAGAAGCAUAGGAAGCUACUAAAUGCUUUCAUCAGACAAAAUCCUGGCUUGCUUGAGAAGUCUUUCUCCCUAAUGCUGAAGGUUCCAAGAUUUAUUGAUUUUGAUAACAAGCGAGCCCACUUCAGAUCAAAGAUAAAGCAUCAGCAUGACCAUCACCACAGUCCCUUGAGAAUAUCAGUAAGAAGGGCCUAUAUUCUAGAAGAUUCUUACAACCAGCUACGUUUGAGAUCAACCCAUGAUUUGAAGGGACGAUUGACUGUUCACUUUCAAGGGGAGGAAGGUAUUGACGCAGGUGGGCUUACACGGGAAUGGUAUCAGUUGUUGUCCAGAGUUAUUUUUGACAAAGGAGCACUACUUUUUACAACAGUGGGUAAUGAAUCAACGUUUCAGCCAAACCCUAACUCUGUUUACCAAACAGAACACCUUUCUUAUUUCAAAUUUGUUGGUAGAGUGGUUGGGAAAGCGUUAUUUGAUGGCCAGCUGUUGGAUGUCCAUUUUACUAGAUCAUUCUACAAGCACAUAUUGGGAGUCAAAGUUACAUACCACGAUAUUGAAGCCAUUGAUCCUGGCUACUUCAAAAAUUUGAAAUGGAUGCUUGAGAAUGAUAUCAGUGAUGUUUUGGAUCUCACUUUUAGCAUUGAUGCAGAUGAAGAAAAGCUCAUAUUAUAUGAACGAACAGAAGUGACUGAUUAUGAAUUGAUUCUUGGCGGGCGGAAUAUUAAAGUCACAGAAGAGAAUAAGCAUCAAUAUGUUGAUUUGGUUGCUGAGCAUCGGUUGACAACUGCUAUUCGACCUCAAAUAAAUGCUUUCUUGGAAGGAUUCAAUGAAUUAAUUCCGAGGGACCUGAUAUCUAUAUUCAAUGACAAGGAGCUGGAAUUAUUGAUCAGCGGCCUCCCUGAUAUUGAUUUGGAUGACUUGAGAGCAAAUACAGAAUAUUCUGGAUACAGUGUUGCAUCACCUAUCAUCCAAUGGUUUUGGGAGGUUGUCCAUAAUUUCAGCAAAGAAGACAAGGCACGAUUAUUGCAGUUUGUGACAGGCACAUCCAAGGUGCCUUUGGAAGGGUUUAGCGCCCUUCAGGGAAUUUCUGGCUCGCAGAAAUUUCAGAUACACAAAGCAUAUGGAAGCCCUGAUCAUUUACCUUCUGCUCAUACUUGUUUCAAUCAGUUAGAUUUGCCGGAAUAUCCAUCAAAACAACAUCUGGAAGAGAGGUUACUGCUUGCAAUUCAUGAAGGAAGUGAAGGAUUCGGAUUUGGUUGACCUUUUUUUUUGCCCCUUUUCUCCUCCUUUCUUUUUGGGAGGGGCGGCUGGUGAAUACGGGUAUUACGUUGCAGGUCUCCUGAAUUAGAAUUGAGUAGUACAGGGUUUUGACGAUAUUUUCAAGUUGGCAUCAUGUUAAUAUGUUGUACAGUCGUAUAUUUAAUGGGAAAUGCCCUUCGGCAGUUUUUCAGUUCCUUUUC